UUCCUGUACUUGCGACCUCCAUGUCUUCAACCCUCGGGCCCCAUCAUCAGAACUGAAAUACAUUCUGUCGCGUCGCAUUGCGAUUCUGCUUUACCCAUCUCCCGCUUUCGGAGAUCGACCUCUUUUCUUACCAGUUCCCAGCUCCGAGCUCCCAGCUCCCUCCCCCAAUCUGUGCACUCCACUUCAACUCCGCUGCUAUUUCGAGCUCGAGAUUUCGUCUGAACAACAGCCGCGCUGCAUACCUGCCGCCCUACUACAAUUUCCCAGUUCCCAAGGCUGCACAUCAUGGUCACUGCCCUGCCUGCUGCCUCUUGACACAAGCCGACCCAACACACGCUCAACCGAGCUCCAUCAAGCACAACCCUUUCUUUAUAAUAGACCAAGAUCCAACAUAGCCUCCUCCUCCUGUCAUACCGAUGUCUUCAACAUACCCGUCUACCUCCCCUCUUGUCGACCAUCAUAGCUCGAAAGACUUCGACGACCUGGGCCUGAAUCACAACGUACCUACCACUCCAUUCGGAACAACUCUUUUGUCACCAUAUACUCACUCCCAUACGCUCAGUAACUCUGCCAGUCCUUCAUACACUCCAGGAGAGUCGGAUUAUACCAACUAUCAAUCCAGCGAAUUGGACGAAAGUGACCCCUUCUUUGGCGUGAACUUUGACGACGGUGUACAACGGACAGAUUCGAUCCCGACAACAGCAAUACACGGAAACGUUGCGUACCCAUCAACGUACCAAUCUGCUGAUCUCAACCGCCCACUACCUGCCCUGCCAACAGGCUUUCAAAGUCAAUCGACCAGCGCGAGCUUUAGUAACUCGGGAUACCCCAUCAGCCCAAUCCAUAGCAGCAUACACAACACACCGUCGCCAAACGGCGCAAUCAAUGACAUAAAGAACAAUACUGCGAUUUCUCAGCACGAGCUGACCAGCGGUUUGCGCAACGAGCGCUUUCCAAGCGGGCAGUCACUGGCGCCAACAACCACUUCUGUUCAGCUGACUCCAGACCAAAGUGGAAGCAGUAGCCACACAAGCGGCGAAGGUGUCGGACCAAGCACCAUGCCAUCUCGUCCUGAACAAAGCCCCCAUCUCAUGGUCUCCCUCUGGGAAGAUGAGCAGCAACAAAAUCCCCUGUACCCCUUUGUCCAGUCGACUCAACAAUAUGGCGCAACAAAUAGCCGGGAUUUUGCUGGUCAAAUACCCGUCCAGCAACCUCAACAUCGCUCGCAUGCUGUACAGAGAGACGAUGAUGGAUCCUGGCGAACCAAUGAAGUAACUGGGCAGCGCGGGUUGGACCCAGAAACGAGAAAGGUGGUCGCAAAUGUAGAAAUUUCCACGCUGAAGGAAGAGGAGGAUAGGCGGAAGAUACUUCACAAGAAUAGCGAAGUCGAAGAGUGGAGAUCCCAAGCUGGCGGAAGCAGUGACGACGAACAACCCUCUCCGUCUUACUUACCUUCGCGCCAUGAAAAUUGGUACAUAAGAGGUGAUACUGGCAGCAGGCGAACUCAGGAAGAGAUAGAUAACGACAUUCCUCCUCUUGACGAUGACCGAGCUAGCCUCCAUGAGAACCGUCUUGUUGAUGGCCAGACAUACUUUGAUCUCACCAGCGAUCAUAUCAACGAUGCUGAUAAGGCUGAGCUCGUGAACCAUACGCGAAUCUGGAAGGAUGCUCCAUCCGUUCCAUACAUCAAAGACGACGACUUCCACCAACCGCAAACUGCAAAUGAGGCCAUGAUGAAGUACAACUUUCAUGCUGAUGCCAUCUCCAUUGCAUCACGUGCAGCCACUUGGGGGACGAGGCGAAAGAGCGAGCCCAGCCUGGCGGACUUCGAAGGAGUAUCUGACGGCAGUUUCCUGAAGAAGUUGUCUAUCAGUAGCGGAAAGGGGAGAGAAGGCAACCGUCCACGUCAAAAUAGUAUCUUCGAUCAAGGCUUGGAUCGGUUGGCAAAUUUCGCGCGAAAGAGAAGUGACAGCAAGCUCAAGCGCACGCGCAGUACCCAGAAUAUUCCUGAAGAAGCAGAAGCUCCCCAGUACCCGAGACACAACAGCCAAGGUACUCUGGCUCCACCAAUGAGAACUCCUAGCUUUGGCAAGAGACCGACACCUAACAUAAAUACCGCUUUCGUCGCCAUGGCUGGCCCUCUUGCAGCUGUUGGCACAACCCACACUCGUCGUACCUCUGUCGGGGCGACGACGACGUCUCCCAAAAGUCCAGUCCAUCUGGGCUUCGCCAAGAAUAUAAUCAAAAGGGCCAGAAGCAGAAGUGAAUUGACUUCUCAAGAGAAGGCAGGACAAACAGGGCUUGCAGAUCUCUGGAGAAGCCAAGGCGGUCCACCUGUGCUGGCAGCACCACCAAGCCAGGUAGAGGCAAUUCGACCUGAGCUGCCACAUCUGGACACCCAGGAACGUGACGAGGACGAUGACGAAGACGAUGAAGCAGACGAGAAUGACCCGAAACUGGCAUUUGAGCAAGAGGCAGACCCUAUCGAACCGACAUACGAUGGGUUCAAAGCCCACGUCCGCCGCUUGAAUCCUGACAUGGACCCACGCCAUAAGUGGCUUGUGAGUAGAAUCGCCCACCAGCAGGAGAUUCGAUACAAGAACUUGCUCGAUUUGAGAGUCAAGCACUCACAAGCCAUCAAUGCGCGAAAUUGCUCCGCUGGGCCUCAUUGCUUGUCCUUGGGAGGGACAGUGGUCUUAACAGAUGCCAAAGGAAACCCACGCGAACCAGACCGAACUCCUUCGGGCCUUCAUAUUGUAACAGACUUCUCUGACAACGAUUCUAAUCCGGGUGAAGGGGCGUUAAAUGAGGAUACUUUCCCUCAAGGGGUUCCAAUGCCCCCAACCAAGAACCUUCCAGCUGAGUUUGAGUGUCAAUUGUGCUUCAAAUCCAAGAAAUUCCAAAAGCCAUCAGACUGGACGAAGCAUGUCCAUGAAGAUGUACAGCCCUUCACGUGCACUUACGAUAAGUGUAAAGAGCCGAAGUCUUUCAAGAGGAAAGCAGACUGGGUGCGUCAUGAGAAUGAGAGACAUCGUCACCUUGAGUGGUGGGUAUGCCAGGUGGAGGAUUGUAGACACCCUUGCUAUCGGAAAGACAACUUCCUCCAGCAUCUUGUUCGUGAGCACAAGUUACCUGAGCCGAAGCAGAAAACGAAAGCAGCCAUCAAAAAGGCCCGCUUGACCGAACCCGCCUGGAUACUGUUGGAACGAUGCCACCACGAGACACAGCAACGACCACAAGAUGAGCCCUGUAAAUUCUGUGGCAAAUCUUUCCCGACGUGGAAGAAAUUGACAGUGCACCUUGCCAAGCAUAUGGAGCACAUCAGUCUUCCCAUUCUCCGUCUGGUUGAAGCGAAAACAGUCGAUGCAAACACAAUCAUCAGUCCAGUCGGCGAGCAGAUUCUUACACCAGUGACCCCCAUCAGUCGGGCGAAAAUGGAAUCACAGAGUCCAUUUAAUAUGGACAGCAUUUCUCCCCAUAUCCCAACCACUUCGCAAUUUGCCUCGACAGGGUUCGAGCAACCCUCAUAUUUCCAAACUGCUGGCUCAUCUAAUGGUUAUGGUAUUCAUGGUUCAAUGCAGCAAGAGGUCCACUACACAAAUAACAACCACAGUCAUCAUAUGUAUCCAAAUACAUUUGGUGCCCAGCACAUGGAUCAGUCUCGCGUUUUCAAUAAUAUAGAUUCGAGCAACAUAGGCCACCUAGAUCAAUCCCGUGCUUUUGGAUCUAUCGAUUCUGGCUUCUCGCAUCCCAAAGUUGAAUCGGUUCGAGGCUUUGAGUCCAUGGAUUCUAGUUUCUCUAAUUCGAUGACCAACCAGAUUCCCAACCAGAUCACCAACCAGAACUACAACAUGCAGCAAACAUCAGGGUACUCGGUCCCGCAAACCUUCUCUACUGCACCACCGGUCUCAGGUUAUCCGACUUCGAAUAUGUUAGGAGUCGACGAAUCUGGUUUUGGGUUCGAUCCAAUGGCCGUCAACGGAGGCCAAAAUUUCCCUCAAGUUCCAAUGAGCCGAGCUCAUGGUAGUGCAUCUUCGUACGGGAACUCGCCUCAAAGUGUGCCUCAGAUGCCCUACUACGGUCAUCAAUGAUGAUAUUUUAUGAUUUACGUGUUUACGCUUGGAGGCGUUUGGAAGCUGGAUAUUUCUCUCCUAUAUAGAUGAGACGGUGUUAUGACCUCAUGUUUUGUGUUGCGUUUAUAGAUACCAGGACGUACGUCUUUAUUGUUUUUCUCCUUCUCGAUUGAUAUAAACCAUGGUGGAUGCUCUAAGCAAUACGAUGCAUAGUUACGAUGCACAAUGUCAAGUCCAUAUAUCUCUUUUUCUGCUCUGUUUAUUUACAGACAAGGAAAGUUUCGUGGUGCAGAGUAUGUGCUAUAUUUAUUGAUACUCAGAGUUGGUAUUUUCCAAACCAAGUCACGAUAUGAACAAUCGCACAUAGAGUGCCCGACUAUUUCUUCCCAGUCUACCUUAUAUCCAACCCUGAAGCUGUUGUACUCGUGCUCAAUCUUAUUACGGCAUUGGGGUCUGCUUUUCCUGGAUUAAAUCCAGUGGAAAGCCAAGCGCAUGCCAUUUAGCUCAAUUACAUCAUUCAUCUUUAUCAGGAUCUUCCGCAUUAGAGCAUUGGGUGGGCAUUAUAACAUUAAUAAUGGUCAUGCUUAGGACACGCUCAAGUAGAUUUUUCAAUUAGAGAUAUUUCUCUCACAA